AUGACUACGUCUGGUGAACAGCUAACUUUGGCGAGAGACAUUAAAAGAGCUAUUGAAUUAUUAGAAAAACUUCAACAAAGUGGAGAGGUGCCAGCGACAAAACUUGCUGCAUUGCAGAAAGUGUUACAAAGUGAUUUCUUGAAUGCUGUGAGAGAAGUAUACGAGCACGUCUAUGAGACCGUUGAUAUUCAAGGUUCUGCAGAUAUCCGCGCAUCGGCAACAGCCAAAGCUACUGUAGCCGCUUUCGCUGCCGCGGAGGGUCAUGCACAUCCGAGAGUUGUAGAGCUACCAAAGACUGAAGAAGGCUUGGGAUUCAAUGUGAUGGGCGGUAAGGAGCAGAACUCGCCUAUUUAUAUAUCUCGCAUUAUUCCCGGUGGAGUAGCCGAUCGCCAUGGUGGGCUCAAAAGAGGUGAUCAAUUGUUGUCAGUAAAUGGUGUUUCAGUUGAAGGUGAAAAUCAUGAAAAGGCAGUAGAAUUGCUUAAGCAAGCAGUUGGAUCUGUUAAGUUAGUAGUUCGUUACACCCCAAAGGUGCUAGAGGAAAUGGAAAUGAGGUUUGACAAGCAGAGAACUGCCAGAAGGCGCCAAAAUUAUAACUAA